AAACAUGUGUGGUAUAUGGGCAGUAUUUGGUAGCAGUGGUGAUAUUUUCACACAUUGCAAGGCGGCAUUCAAAAUAGCUCAUCGUGGACCCGAUGCCUUUCGAUUAGAAAGCAUUUACCAAUUCCCGUCAUGUUGCCUUGGAUUUCAUCGUCUUGCUAUACUUGACGCUCAACAUGGGAUGCAGCCAAUGCGAGUGCCUCAGUAUCCUCACGUUUGGCUUAUCUACAACGGAGAGAUUUAUAAUCACGCAAAUCUACAGCAGGAGUUUAAUUUCCAUUACGCCACUAAAUGUGACGGAGAGUCCAUUAUUCACCUCUACGCCCAGGGCGGGAUAGAGUUCGCGGCCAAACAUUUGGACGGAGUGUUCGCUUUCUGCCUCCUUGACACGGCCAACAGAAAAGUGUACCUCGGCCGGGACACAUUCGGGGUCAAACCGCUAUUUCGUAUUCUGAAGGAGGACGGCUUUUUAUCAGCGUGCUCUGAAGUCAAAGGGUUGGGAGAUAACCCAACUGCAACCGUCGAACAAUUCCUACCCGGACACGUAGAGACGUAUAAUCUCGACUCCAUAGGACGAGCUACAUUUGUUGAGCGGACAAGGUUCCAUAAAAUAGGGGACGCCCCGGCAUACAAAACAGUGGUAAACCCUACAGAUAAAAAUAUUAAAUCCAGCAUCAGGACCCUGUUUGAGGCUGCUGUAAAGAAGAGAAUGAUGGCAGAUCGUCGUAUUGGAUGUCUACUGUCAGGUGGUCUUGACUCGAGUUUGACUGCGGCCACGUUGGUGAAAUUAGCUAAAGAACAGAACCUACCAUACCCUGUACAGACGUUUUCUAUCGGAAUGAAGGACAGUCCCGAUCUGGUGGCGGCCAGAAAGGUUGCUAAACACCUGGAAACGGAGCACCACGAGAUAGUUUUUAAACCUGAGGAAGGGAUCGCCGCCAUUGAAAGUGUCAUAUACCACCUGGAGAGUUAUGACAUCACCACCGUUAGGUCAUCUGUCGGGUUAUACCUAGUAAGUAAAUACAUCAAGCAGAAGACGGAUACAACAAUCAUUUUGUCUGGAGAGGGAGCAGACGAGAUCGCACAAGGCUACAUAUACUUUCACAACGCGCCCUCUGUUGUGGACGGGAAUGAGGAGAGCAGCCGACUCUGUAAAGACCUAUAUAUGUAUGACGUACUCAGAGGUGACAGGUCCACGUCGGCUUGGGGACUUGAGAUACGAGUUCCCUUUCUUGAUCAUCAAUUCAGCAGUUACUACCUCUCAUUAGAACCUGAAAUGAAGGCGCCCAAGUACGGCAUAGAGAAACAUUUGCUGCGGUCUGCUUUUGACAAAACGGGGUUACUUCCGGCAGAGAUUCUAUGGCGGCCAAAGGAGAACUUUAGUGACGGCUUGUCCUCUCAGACAAGGUCGUGGUACGAGUAUAUACAAGACUUUGUUGAUGAGCAAAUAGACGACACUGAAUUGGAGGAGAGUAGUCACCGUUUUCCACACAACCUUCCACGCAGUAAGGAAGCUCUAUACUACAGACGAGUAUUUGAGAAGUUCUAUACAGGACAGGGUCAUUUAUUACCGUACUACUGGAUGCCCAAGUGGUCAACAUCUUCAGAUCCCUCCGCCAGGACACUCAAACACUACAAACAGUGACGUCAUCAACCACUGUCUUGAUUAUAUAAAAUAUACAUAUAUAUAUAUUAAGCAUAAAGUGCAAAGUCGUUUUUUCCGAUUGAAUAAUUUGGUGUUUUUUUUGUGAGUACAACAUUUAGCUCUUUGCUAUAAUUUUGACUAUUGGCAACUCACUGUCCAAG